UGUCACUUUAAUGCCUACUACUUAUUUGAAGGCAACUCCUCAUGCAGUCAUCAAUUCUCUCUCUAAAAAUGAAGCAGAUCAUCCAAAUCCUCUGCGCUGCUCUCUCUCUCCUUGCCAUUUUCGAUUACUCUCCCGCAGCUGCUAUUGCCACACUUUCUCCCGGCCAAACUCUCUCCCACGGCCAGCUUCUAUCUUCUCCCGCUCAAAUUUUCGAGCUAGGAUUCUUCUCUCCCGCCAAUUCCACCGCUAAAUUUUUGGGAAUAUGGUAUAGAGCUACACCAGACGUCGUCGUGUGGGUCGCAAACAGACAAAAUCCGAUCACCGGCCUAACCGGAGUUCUAACUCUAUCCAAAACCGGCAAUCUGAUUCUCAGCUCAGCACAAGGUACAACCACAUGGUCUUCCAAUUCCUCCACAGCCGCCGCCUCGAAUCCAGUACUCCGCCUCCUCGACACCGGAAACCUCGUCCUCGCCGAGAACGCUACCAACAUUUGGAUGAGCUUCGAUUACCCCUGCGACACCAGGUUGCCGGGAAUGAAGAUGGUGUACGAUUCUGGGGCCGGAUUGGACAAACAUCUCACAUCGUGGAAAAGCCCCGCUGAUCCGUCUCCCGGAGAUUUCGUUUACAAGAUCGAGAACCACGGAUUGCCUCAAAUGAGUAUUCUCAUGGGGAACGAGAAGAAAUACCGGACUGGUCCGUGGAAUGGCCGGAAUUUCACCGGACUUCCAUUCGUGCGCGAUCCAGCUUAUGGUGCUGAAAUAAUUAACGGAAGGUUAAUCUCUUACUCCGACCCUUACAACAGCUCGAUUUACAUGAGACUGACGAUGGAUUCAUCGGGAUUGCUCCAACGUUACACCAUGAAUGAAGAGAGAGAUGGAUGGAUCCUCAUGUACACUAUUCCGAGCGAAACGUGUAGUAACUACGCGUGGUGUGGUGCUAACGCUUUGUGUAAACCUAAUACAUCUCCUGUGUGUGAGUGUUUGAAGGGAUUCAUGCCUAAAUCUGAGAAAGAAUGGAGCUCGUACGGGUGGACGAGCGGAUGUGGUAGAAUUCCGCCGUUGGAUUGCCAGAAGGAAGAUGGAUUCAUGAAGGUUGAUCGUGUCAAGUUCCCCGACACGUUGAGUUUUCGUGUGGACGAUAGCAUGAGCGUUGAUGAUUGCCGCGAGGAAUGCUUAAGAAACUGCAACUGUUCGGCUUAUGCUGAUCCUUACUUGAGCUUCAGCACCGAGAGAAAUGGGUGUUUAAUGUGGUUUGGAGAUUUGGUUGAUGUCAUGGAGUUCACCGGAGAAGUUAGCACAGGACCUAGAAUCUAUAUUCGCGUGCCUAAAACCGAGCUAGAACAUAUGACAGAUUGGAGUGAGAGGAAAGGCUCUAAGAAGCUCGUGUUUGUUGCAACGGCUGCUAGUCUUGGGAUGCUCUUCUUGAUCAUCUGUUUUGGAGGGAUAAUUGUAAGGAGGAGACGAGCAGCUUGUAAGAAGGAAAGUGAGGAUUUGGAGUUACCUCUGUUUGGUUUGAAAACCAUUGCAGCAGCUACUAAUAACUUUUCGGAUGAAAAUUUGAUUGGAGAAGGCGGUUUUGGUCCUGUUUAUAAGGGAAGCUUAUCAGCUGAGCUAGCAAUCGCAGUGAAAAGAAUGUCGAGAACUUCUGGACAAGGGCCUGAAGAGUUCAAAAACGAAGUUAUUUUGAUUGCUAAACUCCAACACAGAAACCUUGUGAGAAUUUUAGGGUGUUGCAUUGGAGGAGAGGAGAAGAUGUUGAUAUAUGAGUAUAUGCACAACAAAAGCUUGGACUAUUUCAUAUUUGAUGAGAAUAGACGAGGACUGCUGACUUGGCAGAUGCGGUUUGAUAUAAUUAUGGGGAUUGCACGAGGUCUUCUCUACCUCCACCACGACUCCAGGCUGAAAAUCAUCCACCGGGACCUGAAAACGAGCAAUAUCUUAUUAGAUGAGAAGUUGGAUGCGAAGAUUUCAGACUUUGGAUUAGCUAGAAUGUUUGAAGGUGAUCAAACUAUGGCAAGAACAAAAAGAGUCGUAGGGACAUAUGGUUACAUGGCUCCAGAGUACGCCUUUCAGGGAAAGUUCUCUGUAAAAUCGGAUGUAUUUAGCCUUGGAGUAGUAAUAUUGGAGAUCGUGAGUGGGAAAAAGAACAGAGGAUUCAAGCAUCCUUCUUGCUACCAGAAUCUUCUGGAGCAGGCAUGGUUACUUUGGAUGGAAAACAGAGAGUUGGAGCUGAUGGAUCCGUGCUAUUCUAAUUCGUGCGUGGAUGCUCAAGUAAAGAGGUGCAUUCAAGUGGGCUUAUUAUGUGUUCAGAAUGCAGGAGACGACAGGCCGAUGAUGCCGUCUGUGCUUCUCAUGUUGAGCAGUGAGGAUACAGUUUUGGGGCAGCCCAAGAAACCAGGGUUUUUCUUGAAUAGCAGCCCUACUUUUUCGGAGAGGAAUGCAUCAGCAAGUAGUGAGGAAUCCACAACUGCUUCCAUAACUAUAACUGAAGUACAAGGCAGGUAGUUGUUGAAAGAUAUACAUGUAACAUAUUUUAAUUUUUUCUUUUCAAGAAUAGAUAUGGAACACUUAAAUUUGCCUAAAAAUUGAUAGUAAAUAUCCAAUCAGUAUUAUGCCCCA